GCGCCAGAUCUAUUGCCCUUUGGUUGCAGCGUCACCAGCUGCCCAAAACACUCGGCCCGAUUGCUCCAGCCGCGUCGUCAACCUUUCUACAAGUGGCACGGUAAGCGCCACCGGCUCGCACUCGUCAACCUUCCGUCUUCUGCGCACCUUCUUCUUCGUCGACAAGAACGAUGGACCAGCAGCCAAAAGGUAUCCUCCUCUUCACCAACGACCAGCUCCAGGGGUCCCGGGCACCGUCGUACCACUCAGCACCAUCGUCCGACGGCCAGCGCGCGCGCCGCAUUGCGCCGCCUGCCGAGCCGCUCGGUGUCCGCACCAACUUCACCUCGGGGAAGGCGCUCACCGACUCGAUCCCGAUGACGUCGUAUGAAAACUACGACGACCCGAUCAUGGAAGAAGACAAGAACCUCCACGCUGCCGGCGACUUUGACGCGCGCUCCACGAGCACCUACGUCAACUCGAUCUACGUGCUCAUCGGCGCGGCGGUCGGCGCAGGUAUUGGCCUCGCGCUCACCAAGGCCGACAUCUCGCGGGACGUCCAGCAGUGGAUUCAGAUGCCUGGUGACCUCUUUGUCCGCGCACUCCGCUGUCUUGUCGUGCCCAUGGUGUUUGCGUCCAUGUCGGUCGUCAUUGCCGAAGUUGUCGUUUUGAAAAAGACGUCGAUUUUAUCGUGGCGCACCGGUGCCAUCUUCUUCUUCACGUCGUUCAUUGCGACCGUGCAAGGCCUCCUCCUCUCGACGGUCUAUCGUGGUAUCUUUGAGGGCGGCACCAACUCAACGUCGACGUCGGCGCUGCCGUCGCCGGUGCUCGCGUUUCGCUGCGCCAACGGUCUCUUCCUCAACCAGCAAACCAACGGCAGCCUCCUCUGCGACAAAAUGACCAACGACACGGCCACGACGCUCUUUACGACGGUCGAUAUCAACAACAUGCUGACGGUCAAGAGCACGAUCACGCAGCUCUCGCUCACGCAGCAGAUCAUCUCGAUCAUCGAGCUCACCGUGCCCGACAAUAUCUUUAACGCGCUCACGCAGGGCUCUCUCCUCUCGGUCAUCAUGUUUGCCUUGCCACUCGGGUAUGCGAUCGCCAAGUCGCACAACGGCCCCGCGACCGAGAACGGCCUCCUCAACGUAUUUCGGCAAACCCGCAACUCGCUCCUGAUUUUGAUCAACGCCGUCUUGAUGCUGACGCCGAUCGCGGUCGGUUUCCUCAUCUGCAGCGCCAUCAUCUCGUACCAAGCGAACGCGUCGGCCAUCUUUUCGCAGGCCGGGUACCUCAUUUUGAUGUUCCUCGCCGGUGUGUUUUGCCACGUCAUGCUCGUCAUGCCGCUCAUUCUCUUCCUCUUCACGCGCUGCAACCCGUACAACUACAUGCGCCAGCUCUUCCCUGCUUACGUCUUUGCCCAGCUCGGCGCGCCGCAGAUGGCCGUCCUCUUCUUUGUGAGUCUCCUCGGCUGCGUGGGCACGGCCCCGAUCCCGCAGGCCGGUCUCGCCAUGUUGAUGACGGUGUGGCGCACGACGCUGCCCAACGAGGACCUGCCCCACGCUUUCGUAUACGUCGUCGCGAUCGACUUUCUCAUCGAUCGCAUCAACACGAUGGUCAACAUCAACGGCAAUAUGAUCAUCACGCGCAUUCUCGCCGACCAGUUUGACGAGACGGUCGAGACGUGGGCAACCGAUAACAUGAAUUAACUCGACGGCUUAAAUCAUACGACACAAAUAUAUUAGUACAAUUU